UGUAACACAAAGGUAAAGAAUCCAAAAAACAAAGCUCAAGAAACAGUAAUAUUAAUCUCUCUACAAAGAAAAGAAAGAAAAAGGGUCUCAUUACUUCUUUCUUUUCACUCUCUUCUUUCUUCUUCUUCUUCUUCAACAUUCAUUCAUUCAUUCAUUGCAUUGUUUCUUCAAUUGAUAGAUGGUUGAAGAGAUUAAGAGACAUUGAUUUUGAUGAAGAUGAAGAAAUAUGAAGCAAUAAAGAGUUUUGAAGAAAAUGAUGAAGAUUUGGAAAUGGGUAAUAACCAGAUCUCUGAUUCAACAACAAAACUUAACAACAAAAAGAUUAUUAUUAAUAAUAAUGAAGAAUGUUCUUCAAUGAUUUCAUCUUCAGUUACAAUAAAACAACAACCUCAGCAACAUCAACAACAACCUCAAUCUUCUCAACGUUUGCUUUCACUUGAUGUUUUUCGUGGCCUCACUGUUGCGCUUAUGAUACUGGUGGAUGAUGCUGGUGGACUUAUUCCAGCACUCAAUCAUUCUCCAUGGAAUGGAUUAACAAUAGCAGAUUUUGUAAUGCCAUUUUUCCUUUUUAUUGUUGGUGUUGCACUAGCAUUCACAUACAAGAAACCAUCUUGCAAAGUUGAUGCAACCAGAAAGGCGAUUUUGCGGGCGCUUAAGCUUCUUGCGUUAGGCAUUUUUCUUCAAGGAGGUUAUGUUCAUCGAGUAAAUGAUCUGUCAUUUGGAGUAGAUUUGAAGCAGAUAAGAUGGAUGGGAAUAUUGCAGAGAAUUGCGGUAGCAUACUUGGUCACAGCUCUCUGUGAAAUUUGGCUCAAGCGUGAAGAUAUUGUUAAUUCUGGAUCAACGCUUUUAAGGAAAUAUCGAUAUCAAUGGGCCUUGGCUUUGUUUCUCUCUGUCAUUUAUCUUUUCUUGCUGUAUGGGAUGUACGUUCCUGAUUGGGAGUAUGAAGUUCCAACAGAACCUUCUUCAGAACCUAUGAUCUUUUCUGUUAAAUGUGGAGUAAGGGGUAACACUGGACCAGCCUGCAAUGUUGUUGGAAUGAUCGAUCGUAGUUUAUUGGGUAUACAACAUCUCUACCGGAGACCGAUAUAUGCGCGGAUGCCUGAAUGCAGUAUCAAUUCUCCUGACUAUGGACCACUGCCUCCUGAUGCUCCUACUUGGUGUCAAGCCCCUUUUGAUCCCGAAGGACUCUUAAGUUCAGUGAUGGCAAUUGUUACUUGCUUGAUUGGCUUGCACUAUGGUCAUAUUAUUUUACAUUUUAAGGACCACAGAAUUAGAAUCAUAUACUGGAUGAUUCCAACCUCUUGUCUUGUAGUGUCUGGUCUUGCCUUGGAUUUAUUUGGAAUGCAUGUAAAUAAAGUUCUCUACACAUUGAGUUAUACUUGUCUCACUGCUGGUGCUGCUGGUAUCCUCUUUGUUGGAAUAUACUUGAUGGUUGAUGUAUGUGGAUAUAGUCGCAUGACUACGGUUUUGCAAUGGAUAGGCAUGCAUGCAUUAAUGAUAUAUGUCUUAGCAGCUUGCAACAUUUUUCCAAUUUUCCUUCAAGGAUUUUAUUGGGGACAUCCUCGUAACAACAUCCUAAAGUUAGUUGGAGUUGGAUCAUGAAGGAUAAGAAAAUUAUUAUUAUUAUGUUGUUAAAUGGUGAACAUAUUUUGUUUCACCUAUGAUGUCUUAAAGUAACGAGGAGAGGAGGACAAAGCAAUGUUGGUGGAGUUUGGAGACAAAUUUUGGAGCUUGGUCUUUUAUUGAAGAACAUGAUCAUGAAUAAUGUUUCUCUAAUCUAUUGAUAAAAUCACCUACUACAUGGAUGAUGCAUGAUAUAUUUUGGAGAAGCUAACAUUUCUUCAUGGCAUAGAAUUUUAACUAUAUAGAGAGAGAGAGAAAAAUAGAGCAGCUUUUGUUUAUAGUAUAUGACUGCCAUAUAAUUUCUACUUUGAUCUUGAAAUUAUAGAUUUCAAGAUGAGUAAGCAUUUGACACGAUAUCAAUGUACGACUUUAGUUUUAUUAUUAUUAUUAUUAUUAUUAUUAUUAUU